AUGUCCCGUCUUCGCGACCCAGCGGAAUAUGUAUCGAAAGCAAAACUUAGAUGGGCCGGUCACAUCAUGAGAAGAAUCGACGAUAGAAGGACUAAAAGAACGCUAGAGUGGAUCCCAAGGGGCGCUAAACGCCCCCGAGGGAGACCGCCAACGAGAUGGGGUGACGUGUACGCUGCACCAGCUGAGAGCUCAGCUGGAUAUGGCUCAAGGACCUCGUCAACGUCACUCGCGAAGCUUGAGAACAUCUUGGAUGACAAUGGCGAAGGAACAAAACGAGUGGAAGAGAUGCUGGGGCUCGCACGUCCAGUGAAGACGGGCCAUCUAAGUAUCUAA